AUGUCUACAACAAAUUCUAUAAGCGACGGUGGUAACAUCGUAGAAGGAGAAGCCGUGGAAGAAAUCUACGCUUGGAUAGACCAAAUUCAGUUCUCCAGACCAAAGAGAAACAUAGCGCGUGAUUUCUCAGACGCUGUUUUGAUGGCUGAAUUGUUGAAGAAGUAUUAUCCUCGUUACGUUGACGUUCACAACUACAUCGCCGGCAGUAGCAUCGCAAAGAAAAUUGAUAACUGGGCUACGUUGAACCGAAAGGUUUUAUCGAAACUUGAUAUGAAACUGAGCAAGGAAGUUAUCGGUCAAUUGGCCAACUCUCAGCAAGGUGUAAUUGAAAAGGUUUUGAGCAGUUUGAGAGCGAAGAUACUGAAGGAUUGCAAUGCCGACAGAGAUUCCCUGUAUUUUGAUCACGAAGAAAAUGGCAGAGGUGGUAAGAACGGAGACGCUGAUAGACUGGGAGAGACGGUGAGAUCUUUGCUCAAUCCAGAUGAGAUUGCGAACAGGACUGUUCCUCGUCAGGUUUUUACAAAACUGAAAACGGAGCUACAAGAGAAGAACGAAACGAUACAUAGUCUGAACCACAAAGUCUCGCAUCUUGAAAGUUUGAUGAAGCUAAAAGAUCAGAGAAUUUCCGAUUUGACGGCGCAAAUAAUAAACCCACAAGAGUCAUCGAUCAGUAGUAAAUCACAUCUCUUAGGCUCUGGCUUACCAAAAAGUCGGAACAGCAAAGUGUAG